CGAAAGGAUCAUUUGACAGAUUUUGGAAAAUGUUUCAAGUUUUUAUAAAAUUUUAAUUAACAACGUGUUGUACGAUUUUUCAUUUAAUUAUAUUUGUUUUUCUAAUUAAAAAAAAGAAAUUAAUUUUGACUUGAUGUUGUGUUACUUGUACUUGAAACUGAAGAAUUAAAGAAAGAGAUUAUUAUUAUUAUUAUUAACUCAUGUGUGUACAUUUAGGAAAUAACGAGAGACUUUAAUUUUCUAAAUAGGAAAUAGAAAUUUUCACGUGAUUAUGAGAAAAAGGUGUUUAUUUUAGAAAUGGAAUUAGCAAAACAUGUUUGGAGGAGAUCCUUAUUUGGAUUUAAGACCAAUAUUCAAUCGUCUUUACGAAGAGGCAGUACUGCAACUACUUCAAAUGUUGCGCAAGCGGCAAUCCAAAGAGAUGGGGAUUAUAGUUCAAAAGUACCGGAAGUACAAGUAAAAUCGGAAAAUGUAUUUAAAGCUCUUGGUGCUACUGAUGAGCUUUCAUCUUAUAUUGGAUUGGCAAGAGAAUUUGCGUGCGAGGGAAAAACUGAACAUCCCUAUGUCGACAAAUUGAAAAGAGUUCAAAUGAUACUCUUCGAUCUCAAUCAUGUGAUUUCAAGAUCAUCACCUGGUAAAAUAAAGCAAUUUGAAAAUAAUCAUACAAAAGAUCUCGAGGAAUGGAUUUCCGAAUAUUCAAAUCAACUUCCACCUGCUGAGGAUUAUAUUAUUCCUGGCGGUGGUAAGGCAAGUGCUUCCUUACACGUGGCAAGAACAAUUUGCAGGCGUGCCGAGAGGAAGGUGAACGAAUUAGUCAAGGAUGGAGUAUUAGACAAAGAAGCGCAAGUUUAUCUCACGCGCUUAACAGAUUUUCUUCUCACUGCGUCGCGAAUGGCCGCAAAAUGUGACGAGCGCACAGAAACAAUUUAUAUUCCAAGAGCAGAAGUUCACGAAGAUAAGUAAAUAAUUAAAAAAAAGAAAAUAAUAA